CGAGAUCUCUCAGCAUUCGCCCUCAAGAGAAACAGUUUGUCUGAGGAUUUUCCAAGAUGCCGCCAAAGAAAGUAGCUGUGCCGAAAGCGGUAGCAACCCGUCUGCCACCUCUGCCAAAGCUUCGUGUCAAGAGGCCGAAUCAGAACAAUAACAACCCUUGCUUGGGAAUCAUGACUUCUGUUCUCACUUGCUGGGCUUCUUCGGGGUACAGCGUGGCGGGCUGCAGCGCUUUAGAGACAUCACUGCGCGUAUGCAUGGACACACCGAGAUCGAAGGAUUUGAAGAAGAACACCAUCAACUACCAUUUGUCGAGAAUGUACCCCCAGAUUGUCGGACCGAGGAAGAGGAAGUGAAGGGAGCGCAGGACGCGGCGGAAGAUGUGAAGCUACUGUAUAUCAGGAUGAGGAGAGCCGGAGGAGUGCAAGCACGAUUUCGAAAGAGCCUACGGAGGGAAAUACUUGUAUAUUGGGAGCCACUGUUGUAGGAUACGGCAUGAGUGCAUUGGCGGCGUAUUGGGAUUUGGGAAGACUGUAUAUGUAUACCAGAGCAAAUGGAGGAA